CAACAGAGUUCUCAGGUUAAUAAUUAGAAACAUUAAUCCGCUAGAUAGUGACUGGAAUUAAUAGUGGAAUGUAAUAUUAUGCAUAACAAACAAAUUGUUAUAAGCGGCCAACGGAGUAUCUCGUUAGUCGUUGACCGUUGUGUUUGUGACAUGAUAUCUGCGCAUGCGUGAGUUACUCGUCGCAUAUUUAUUUUAUAAAUAAAAACGCGGGGUUUUAAUAUUCAAAAUUCAAAUGAAACAUUUCCAGGGAGAAUACAGUUAUUGGAAUAAAAACGCGACGUGUAUACACACGCAUGCGCAGAUAGCUCAUCAUUUAACUCACCAUUGCGCACCAAGAACCUCCGUCACAUACUCAUUACUCACAUAGAAGUGUAGAAUAUUUGAUUGUUUCAAAUAUCGAUGCUUGCCAUUGCUUGGCUUGUUUUUGGUUUCAUUGAUUCAUUCCAGUUUGACCAUAGUAAAUGAUCUAAGAUAAUAAAUAAGGUUAGCGUCUUUUUUAUAAUGUCUAUAGUGACUUCGGGAUAAGCACGACAAUUUCAUUUUGUAUGUAUAGUGUAUAGUGUAUACAACAAUCAGCAUUCAACACAUAGCGACAUAGCGUCUCUUUUGAGCCAAGUCUAAAGUGUCUGUAUUAAAUUGUCAUUGAUUUUUGGCUGAUCGCUGUUGAUUAUUGUUCAUCAUCUGCACGGCGACUAUAUAGGGUGAUCAGUGAACGUAAAACUACAGUACCACACCAUCACACUAAAACCAUCAGUUGUGAUUUUGUGAACCAACAUGGACACAUGGUAAUCGGCGCGUCAUAAUAGGAAUAGUAAGAUUCAACGACAAUCACUACCGUUGUGUAGAUCUUUCCAAUUAAUUUUGACGUACAACCCAAUUUAGAGGAAAAAAAGAUACUAAUUCAGUGACCAUGAACAUGAAUAAUUACUCCGUUGACGAAGGUUAUAGAAACAUGCUGAGUAGUUUCAGGUCUAAUGAUCUACAAACACUAUUGGGAGCUUUUGGUCGGAAUAAAGCAGGCCGAAAAUCCGAAUUAAAAGAUCGAGCAAUUGAAUUGUUAAGGACUAGACCAGCUAACAUUAACUACUCAGCAUAUAUAGCAAAAAUAUAUGAAAUAUAUCGUUCCUUGCAACAUGAUGUGCCUAGUAAUGAUAUUAUGAUGCGCAGCUUAUUACAAAAUCAACAACAUCAACAACAAAGGCAGAUGAUGUCAUCUAUGGGUCAAAUGCAGAACCCACCACAAAGAAUGUACCAACCACCACAAUAUCCCCAACAAUCAAUGCAUAUGGCACGAGCUGGAUUACCUCAAGUUAUGCCUCAAAUGCAAAGAGGCAUGUACGGUAACCACAUAUCAAAUUCUAUUCCUGCUAACAAUAUGGUCAAUAAUAACAUUCAGUAUAUAGCUGCUGGCAAUUAUCAACCAUCCGGAACUCGUACCAUAGUGUCACAUCAAUUACCCCCAAAUCAACAAAUGAAUAUUGCAGCACAAGAUGCAUUAGGAUUAGGAACAACGGCUAGCGUAAAUAAUUCUUACACACCAUCUAUUGAAACUGUAGCUAAACUCAAAUUCAAAAAGCUACCAUUUUAUGAAGUUAUUGAUGAAGUCAUUAAACCAACUCUUCUAACUGGCACGGAGAGAUGUACAUUACAAAAUGUUCCUAGAGGUAUGAAAGAAGCUACAUUCAAACUUAUUCUGUCACUCGAACAUGCCAAUUUCGUAGCAAUGAAUCGUGACAUUUCUCAUGGUAAAAAUGAAUAUCUUUAUCAGUUCCAAAUUCGAAUUUGUCAGUUGAUAGAGCCUGUACCUAAUGAGUCACCAGAUUACAUGCCUCUUGGACUACACAUACGAGUUGGUAUGAAAGCCUGUCCAUUACCGCCAACUGCUCCUAAUACUCGACCAGGAACUGAAUCUAGACGAACUGCAAGACCUAUCAAUUGCACUGCAAAUGUCAAACUUUCUCCAAUCGUUAGCAACAACAUCACUAUUAAUUGGACUCCUGAUGGAAAAAAUUAUGUUUUUGCAAUGUAUCUAGUAAAAAAAUUAACGGCUGAUACCUUAAUAAAGAAACUUCAAGACAAAGGUGGGAGAAGUUCAGAAGAAACUAAAAACUAUAUUAUUAAAAAGUUAGCGGACGUUGAUCCAGAUUUAGCUACUACUUCUUAUCGGUUUUCUUUGGUGUGUCCAUUGGGUAAAAUGAGAAUGAAGAUACCUGCAAAAUCUAUUCAUUGUGAUCAUUUACAAUGUUUCGAUGCCAGUACAUUUAUUUUAAUGAAUGAGAAAAAACCAACUUGGAUGUGCCCAACUUGCAACAAGCCUUGUUUGUAUGACGAUAUACAAAUAGAAAAUUAUUUUUUGGAAGUGGUUUCAAGUCCAACACUAAAAUACUGCAGUAAAGAAAUUGAAAUUUUGGCCGAUGGCACAUGGAGAGUGUAUGAAGAAACUAAAGAAACAAAAAACACUAAUAGUACUCCUGAUAAAGUAAAACCGAUUGAUUCUGUCGAUUUAGAUAGUGACGAUGAAAAAUGCAUUGAGCCUAAAACUGAACCUAGCCCUGAAAGUUCUAGAACCCAAGAACCUGAAAACUUAAAGUCAUCUUUUAUUGAUCUGACAAUAAGUGACGAAGAAGGACCACCAACAGAAAAAGAUAAACAAGAAAAUGAAGCCCAAGCAGCUGAUGCUAUUCAACCGGUCGCUGUGAUUGAUUUAAAACCACAAGCUCAGGUACAGCCACAACAAGCUGUUACCAGUUCUGAACAAGGAGUAGUAAUUGAAAUAGACAGUCCAUCUCCUCCUUCAAGUCCUACCCCUACGACUGAAGCCUCCUAAUUUAUUUUUUAUUUUUUUUAAUAUUAUAAGUAAUUUUGAUAGUAUAAGCUUUUAAUAUUAAUGUAUUUCAAUCCGUAUAUCAACAAUAUAUUUAAGAUAAAUAUAUUUAUUAGAAUGGCAUUUAAUAAGCAUAAAAAUAUUUACCUAUUAAUUAUCUUUUCUUUUUAUUAUAGUAUUUAAUAUUAUAUUUUAUAGUUUAUUAAAUUGAAAAUAGUGACAUCACUUUCUUUUAUACUAUUCAGGUUAAUGCAGGAGACAAACUAUAAUUUUAUGAUGUUAACAAUGGAAUUUGGUUACUAAAAAUAGUACUUAAAAUAAUAAAAUAUGUAUUUUUCCUAUCAUUUAAAAACAACCUAUGGAUAUCUGAUAAAAUAACUACCGAUCUACAUAUUUUAUACUAUCACAGAAUAAAUACUCUGAUAUUAUGUUUAAUUAUUGUUCUAUAGGAAUGAUAAUGAAUUCAAAAUUAUUUUAUUUAGUAUUUUGUUAACCAAUAAUUACAACCUUAAGGUAGAACAUUUUAAAAUAACACUUAACAUAAUUAUCAUAUAAAAAUAUCUGUAAAUAAAAUAUAUAUAUAUAUGUAUAUAAUAAAUAUUUACCUCAGUUACUAUCAACUAUUAUUAUUUUCUUUUAUCAUUUUGUAUAAAACUUGAUGUUACUUUAAUAAUAAGAUUAAGCUUAUAAUUAUAUUAUGUUAAUUUUGUAUUGAUUAUUAUCAUCAGUUAAAGACUGUACCAAACUAUUAUUUAUACUUUCAAUAAAAGUUAAUUUAAUUAUGAAA